CCACAUCCUUAGCCGACUCCUUCAACAUAUAUAAUCCUCCUCAUUCCCAGCUUUUUCAAACUUCUGCUAUUUGUCUUCAACAAGAGAGAAAAAGUUAGAGAGAGAAAUAAGAGUUUUAAUUUAUAGAAGAAGUUGAAGUGAACAAGUUUUGUCCAGAUGGCCCGUACCAAGCAAACCGCCCGUAAGAGUACUGGAGGAAAGGCUCCCAGGAAGCAGCUUGCUACCAAGGCUGCUCGUAAGUCUGCCCCAACUACUGGAGGAGUGAAGAAGCCUCACCGUUACCGUCCUGGAACCGUGGCACUUCGUGAAAUUAGGAAGUACCAGAAGAGCACAGAGCUCCUGAUCCGAAAGCUGCCAUUCCAGAGGUUAGUUCGUGAAAUUGCUCAGGACUUCAAGACCGAUCUCCGUUUCCAGAGCCACGCUGUGUUGGCCCUUCAAGAGGCUGCUGAGGCUUACCUUGUGGGUCUUUUUGAGGACACUAACCUUUGCGCCAUCCACGCCAAGCGUGUCACCAUUAUGCCUAAGGAUAUUCAGCUUGCUCGCAGAAUCAGGGGUGAACGUGCUUAAGUUAUUAAGUUGAUGGUCGUUUGUUAUUGUUAUUACAACAACUAUAAUAUUAGUAGUUUGAUGUUUUUGUUUAGGUUUAAUUCAGGACUAAUAGGGGUUGUUUUUUGUUGGGGAUGAUGGUAUUCAGGCUGAUUGUGUAGUUAAAGUUGCAUUGGUGGUGUUUUUGAGAUGAAAGGAACUCAAUUCUGAUAUAUUUUGGGUAUGGUUGUUUAUGUUGAUUUCCGUUUUUGUGGAUGUCAUACUGAUUUUGUGUGGAACAUUCAUCAAAUGUAGUUGAUAUAUAUUCAGUUUAAUUUGUGUUGAA